CGCGGUUGAACUUAUAGUAAUGUACGAGGAUUGGAUUUGAAUUUUAAUUUUAUAUAAUAAUUUUAUUAUUCUUUUUUAUAUAUAUAAAAUAAAGCUCAACUUAACUUCGCUAGCCUGCUUUUCAUUUCCAUUUAAGAAGGAGCGGACCAAGUGUAAAGGGAUCAUUAAACCUUAAAUAACAUGGAGGAGAAUGAGGAAAUUGAUCUCUCAACACAUUGUCAAUUCCAUGUCAGAUAAGACCCAAAAAAAUGCUAGCACAGAUAAAAAAAAUUGGUUUUAUGAUAUUAAUUAAAGUUUAGUAUCGGUAUAUUUACAAACUUGCAAUACUGUAAGUUCAAAGAUGUCGAGUAAAAUUUAGUCCAAUAAAAAAAAAAAGACUGCUCAUAUAGUUCUAUGUAUGAAAAUGCCAAUGUAGAACAUGACAAAGACACAGUUUGAACGUGUUUCACAAAGUAUUACUUUUAUUUUCUUCUCUUGAUGUCUCCUAAGUAAACAUUGGACUUGAUAUGUCCGGUGUCAAUGGCUGGAUUCAUAGUCAUCAACCAAGAAAAGAUGUAAAAUGCCUUUAAUCCUCCUAGUUAGCAACGUAGUGCUUUAAUGAUUUCUGGUUUUAUAAAGUAACCAUCUACCGGCUGAAAAAUAACAAGCUUUUCUAUAUUUGAAAAGUUUUUCGCUCAAGCAAACAAUGGAGAUAACGAUCAUUUCCAGGGAAAGUGUCAAGCCAUCUUCGCCAACCCCAUGUCACUUGAGGACCUACAUGCUUUCCCUUCUGGACCAACUUAUGCCUUCCGCACAUGUUCCGAUCAUCUUUUUCUACAGGCCCAUUGAUCAACGUGAGAUUUCUGCAACAUUACAACGGCUGAAGCAGUCUCUAUCUGAUGCCUUAACUUUCUUUUACCCAUUUGCCGGGAAGGUCAAGGAAGAACUUUACAUAGAUUGCAAUGAUGAUGGCGUUUAUUACACUGAGACCAAGGUCAGCUGUUGUCUCUCAGAAAUUAUUGGACAGCCUAAGAGUGAAAAGAUACUUAAAUUACUUCCUGAAGAUUUCUACUUGGAAUCAUCAGGUAAUCCGGGAAUUGGAAUUCCUGUGGCAAUGAUUCAAGUUAGUGUUUUGAAGUGUGGUGGUAUUGUCAUUGGAACUAAAACUUCACACAAGAUUAUUGAUGGUCCAACAUCAACUGCCUUUCUCAAAGCAUGGGCCGCCAUAGCUCGUGGAUCAGGUGAAGCAGUUGUGAGGCCUAGUUUCACUGCACCAUCUAUAUUCCCACAAAACCUUGCGCUGCCUAAAGAUAAAAUGUUGGCUAUAUGGCCUUCAUUGAUAAAAUUUGGCAAGGGAGUUAUGAAAAGAUUUGUGUUUGAUGCUUCAGCUGUAGCCACCCUCAAGGCCAGAGCAGCUAGCUCCACAUGCGUGCAGCACCCAACUCGAGUGGAGGCUGUUUCAGCUUUUAUCUGGCAGUGCACGAUGCUUGCUUCUAAAGCAAGAAUCGGUUCCCAGAGACCUUCUGUUCUGUCCCAUAUUGUGAACUUGAGGGGAAAAAAGUCCACGCACUUGCCCGAAUAUUCAGUUGGCAAUCUUCUCUGGAUGUCAAUUGCAAAAUGCAGUGAGGAGACUGAGACAGAAUUGCAUCUUCUGUUGGGUCUCCUAAGGGAAUCAAUUUUGCAAAUUGAUGGUAAUUUUGUGCAGUCAUUAAGUGGUGAAGAAGGGUUUUCUAAGGUCUGUGAGUGUCUACAGGAGUUUAGUGAAGUGUACUCUAAUGCAGGAACUGAUUACUUAACAUGUAGCAGUCUAUGCAAGGUUGGGAUCUACGAAACUGAUUUUGGAUGGGGAAAACCUAUUUGGGUGAGUCCUGGCGGGAUAAAUGGACCAGUGUUUCAAAAUCUAGUGUUUUUGAAUGAAACAAGUGCUGGUGAUGGAAUUGAAGCAUGGGUAACCUUGGAUGAACAAGACAUGGUUAUUUUGGAACGUGAGACACAGAUCCUAAAGUUUGCUUCGUUGGACCCAAGUCCCCUUCUAUUAUGUGAUUAGUAAUGUGUUCUUGUUCAAUCUACGUAGUCCUGAAUUUGUUUCGCAUUUCCUUCCAAUAAUAUUUCUUUUGCAACA